AUGGGAUCUCUUUCUUUAUUCACUGUUUCUUACUCCGGCUACGUGGCCCAAAACCUAGCCACCGCCUCCGGAAAAUCCAAUACAUGCCGAAUUUUUCACGAGGUUUUUUCUCGUCCUCGUAUAUUCCAGAAUCCCGACCGAGAUCCCGUCCCCGGGUACCAUCCGGGAGCAACGGCGGGUUCAAGGUGCUCGGUUUCGGCGUAUGCCACUCUCGCAUGUGAUUUUCUUGGCGUUGAGACCUCCACCAAACCUUCUCCCCUCGUUGUUGGAUUGAUCUCGUUGGUAAAGUCAACGACUACCGGUGGUGGCGUUGGUGGUGGUUCUGGGGUUUUUGGGAUUUCGCCGUUGAAGGCGUCUUCCUUGAUUCCGUUUUUCCAAGGGUCGAAGUGGCUCCCAUGUAACGAGAUUAACAGUACGGAGGUUGAUAAAGGCGGUACUAGCUCGACGAAGUCCAAUCAGACUACUACUGAUUGCGUGCAAACCUGCAAUGUUGCAAGCACCAAAAUCAUCGUUGAGAGGAACAAUUGGUUUUCAAAACUAUUGAAUGUUUGCUCCGAUGAUGCCAAGGCCGCCUUCACCGCUUUGAGUGUCAGCAUCUUAUUCCGAUCGCAGUUGGCUGAACCAAGAUCCAUCCCCUCUGCAUCCAUGAGCCCUACCCUUGAUGUGGGUGAUCGCAUUAUGGCCGAAAAGGUUUCAUACAUCUUUCGGAAGCCAGAAGUUUCAGAUAUUGUGAUCUUCAAGGCUCCUCCCAUUCUUCAGGAAUUUGGUUACAGUUCUGGGGAUGUAUUUAUAAAAAGAAUUGUAGCAAAGGCUGGAGAUUGGGUUGAGGUAAGAGGAGGUAAACUAUUAGUGAAUGAUGUAGCACAAGAUGAAGAAUUCAUCUUAGAGCCAUUAAAAUACGAAAUGAAACCUUUGCUUGUUCCAGAAGGGUAUGUCUUUGUGAUGGGUGACAACCGUAACAACAGUUUUGACUCGCACGACUGGGGUCCACUUCCGGUAAAAAACAUUGUGGGUAGGUCUGUGUUCCGCUAUUGGCCGCCUGCGAAGAUUUCAGACACUAUAUAUAAUGCGAAAAGAGGUGUUGCACAUUCUUGACACUUGUCACCCUGAUCUUUGGUAGAGGGUGAAUCUUGAAUGACUCCUUUUUAUGACAAUUUGGUUUUUGUCCCUC